GUGGUUGGCAGUUAUGGAAAUCCCUCGGGAGGGCAGAGGCAGGUGGCCAUACCUGGUUUGGCCUUACCUAGUAAUGAUGCUGUGCAUGUGCAGCAGCAGCUAUGGUGGAUGCGAGAGCGUAACGGGUGACGACAUCGAUGUGACGUUUGGCGACGUCAGUGGAGAUAUGUGGGGAGUCUGUCUUCAGCAAGUCGAGGUCCCCUUACGCUGUCCAGGUAAUGGUACACAUGUGUACAAUGCGGUCGUUAGGGAUAUCGUAUUUGACCCAAAUGGGACCACAUUCUACUACAUACUCGAUGAGCGCUGUAUUUUGAACGAGACGAUCACUCACUUGGUGCAGUCGAUUCGCAAGGCGGAUCGAAAAGACCCAAGCAAGGCGCAGUUGUUGAGCUACGGGUGGCCGGCAGAACUGGACAACCUGACCAGGCCACCGGUAGUGGAUUUGGACACGUUGCCUCCAGGCAGUGCUGAUAUCGCAGCAGCUAUGUCUCGGGUGGUGCAGAUGGACCUCUCGCCAAGCGCCUUGUACCUUAUCAUAUCUGUGAACACGAUGGGACGGAACGAGUCAGCCUUGAGGCUCGUGUCCACCACGACGGGGUAUCGAGGCCCCAUUUCUCUGCCAGAUAAGAAUGUGUACACGUGGGCAUUCGGUCCGGACAGCCGAAGAAUGUACACGGUGGAUGACAAUCAACCGGAGAAACUGUUUUCGAUCGCAGUCGACGACUCCGGAAGACCGGUCAACAUGAGCGACUUCGCAAUUGCGAAGGAAAAUUUAACCGUCGGUGGCUCGUCCGGUGAGCUUUCGAAGACGGUGUUGAGCACACGCGGCUUGGCAGCGAACUGCUCCUGUCUAUAUUUCCACGAGCAAUGGGGUUCUGCAGUGUGGGGUGCGGAUCUCAACUCCCCUGAUCCGGCCACUAUGGUGGACAGGCUCCUCGACAACGAGGAGCCUUCUUUCCAGAUACGAGAUGUUGCGGUGACGUCAGAUGGGUGUAAUGUCUUCGCAACCGAUAAUAAAGGCUCCCUUUGGUGGGUGAGGACGCACUCGCCAUGCGGCAGAAAACAAAAGAAAAGCCCGAUGUUGCCCGACCCCGAAGUCCCGCCGUUCUGGGGCUUGGCUCUCCGUGAAAAAGAUGAUACCGUCGCGGUGUAUGUUGGAACAGAGGACGGCCGACUGUUCGAGCUGGAAAUUUUCAAGUCAGACAUCAGGUGUGCUGCGAAUGAUGGGGGAAACGGGACAUCGAUGGCCCUCCGUAGUGACCAUAUACCCACUGUCGUUCGUAUCGUAAGUACAGUGGUUGCUGGGGUUCUUCUCAUUGUAGGGCUUGUGCUCGUCUUCCGUAAGCUAGUGAAGCCUUUAGCUAGAUACCGCUCAGGCCGGAAAUCAUUAUCAAAGCUGGGUACGGCACGGGUAGUAGGGUCGCCCCAAGAACCAAGCGACAGCGCUCACCUACGUCAACUGAAUUUGAUAGAGUUUGAACUUGAGGUGUUGGCGCAGAGCACGGAGAACUUCAGCCAGCAUUGCCGGGUCGGCAAGAAGAGGGGUUCCUUUGGCGGGGAAGUGUACAUGGGUUGCGUCGACAAAGAGGAGCUGGCAAUUAAGGUGAUGACUGCCAACAAUCUGACAGAAAGCAGAGCCGACGAGUUCCGGACGGCAGUCGCUGACCUGGGCAGGUGCCGGCAUUCCCACCUCGCCGAUUUGAUCGGCUACUCACAUCAGGGCAAUCGCUUCAUUCUGGUCUAUCCCUACUUCCUGGGAGGCAGUUUGUACUCGCGCUUGCACGAGCACGCAAAGAGACGUCGGCCAUUGUUACUGCAUCGCCGAUUGUCGGUAGCCUUCCAGGUGUCCAAGGCCCUCGGCUACCUCCACACUUGCAAGGAGGAGCCAGUCAUCCAUGGAAAUCUGAAGAGCAGCAACAUUCUUCUCAGCAAUAGCCUGGGAGACGUCGUUCAUGUCGCUGUUGACGGUUAUGGGUUGUCAGCCAUGGCAGAGCAAGUCUUCUCCAGGCGGCAUGACGAGGUUGUGAGGUCUGCGCAGGCUACAGGUUCGCUUGGGUACAUGUCGCCUGAGUACCUUCACCAAGGCAAGAGGUCUGAGAAGAGCGAUGUGUACGCUUUUGGGGUUCUUCUGCUGGAGCUGCUUACGGGGAGGCAGGCGGUCACCCGCACACCCUCCUGCUCGGCCACCGGCUGGCAGACUCUUGUUGAUUGGGUCAAGCCAUUCCUCACAGCGAAUGUGGCCGAUGUGGCGAUGCCGUAUGUUGUCCUGGACUCGUCCCUACGGCACCAGGCAGCCAACGCUGUGGCAAGGGAGCUGGUCAUGGGGCUGCUGGAUCUGGCGGCCAAAGGAGGAGGAGGAGGAGGAGAGGAAGGAGGAAGAGAAUUUGAGGAGGAGGAGGAGAAGAGGUGGUUGAGCAGGGGGAGAGGAGGAGGAGGAGGAGGAGAAGAGGAAGAGAAGGUGAGGAGUAGAGGAGAGGAGGAAAACAGAGGAGAAGGAGAAGAGGAGGAAGAGAAGGUGAGUAGAGGAGAGGAGGAACACAGAGGAGGAGGAGAAGAGGAGGAAGAGCGUGAGGAGUAGAGGAGAGGAGGAACACAGAGGAGGAGGAGAAGAGGAUGAAGAGAAGGUGAGGAGGAAGAGGAGAAAAGGUGGAAGAGAAUUUGAGGAGGGGGAGAGGAGGAGGAGGAGGAGAGGAGGAACACAGAGGAGGAAGAGAAGUUUAGAAAGGCUUAGUUCCUCCCCUCCUCCUCCUCCUCCUCCUCCUCCUCCUACUCCUCACCUUGUCUUAUUCCUCUUCUCCUCCUCCUCAGGAGUCAGGAGGAAGUGAGCCAUGAGGGACAAACAAGAGGUUCUGUGGCGGGCGAAGGGAAGGGGGAAAUGGUGACUGGCGGCUGGAGAGAUUGCGGCGCUCAUGGCAGCGAAGGGUGGGGAUUCAGUGGAGGUGAUGUUGACGCAAAGCCUUAUGGCGAUGGCCACUAUCGCAGCUCUGCAUGACGCUGUUCUCGGUAGUGAUCUUUCCGUCUCAUCCGGCCGCCUAUUGGCCAUAGCGAGGGCCUAAAGUCAAUAGGAAAGCACGCCGGGCGGCAAUGCACAUUUCCAGAGGAAUUGAGUCUUGAGUUCUGGCUGACCAAGGGACUAUCAGAAGGUACAAAAAAAGUAAAAAUGCAAGGGAGGAGAGACACCAGGUCGGGAACGCAACUGCCGAUGAUUGUGUCGUCGAGUUUCGAGUUCUGGCUGACCAAGGGACCUAUCGGACGGUACCAAAAGAAUAAAAAUAAAAGGGAGGAGAGACACCAGGUCGGGAAUGCAACUGGCGAUGAUUGUGUCGUUGAGUCUUGAGUUCUGGCUGACCAAGGGACUAUCGGACGGUACCAAAAAAAUAAAAAUAACAGGGAGGAGAGAGACCAGGUCGGGAACGCAACCGGCGAUGAUUGUGUCGUAGAGGUGCUGACUGAGAGCAUCAUCACUCACACGGUGACAUUCCCGGAUGUAUCGGACUGCGAUUGGGGCUGCUCAUGGAUGCAUCUGACCGCAAUUACGACCAGAGAGGGAUCAGUCUAAAAAGUCCUGAGACAGGCGAAAGUCGGCGGAAAUGGCAUACGUUGGGUUCACAGCGGCAGUUAAUUUUUGCAGACUAUGGGGCCACAAGGCAGGGAGCUUGCCGGGCAGCUUUCGGCCGGACAGAGAGAGGUGUUAUCGACGGCUUUUUUUUUUUCUUCCCUUUCGUACGAGUCUGCUCAUCCAAGCCGAAAGAGACCUUUUUUUUUUUUUUUUUUUUUUUUUUUUUUUUCUUUGCUUCGUCUUUGAUUGUAGAACCGGCUUGCUGACGGAUUCGACAUGUGUUAUGUAGAGGUCGAUCGAUUUUCACGGCCUUCUCCUGUAAAGGCAUCACCAUUGAAACUUCCUUCUCCUUUUUCUCUCUUCAUCUCCUCUGAUGUCCAAUGGCAGCCUCAGUGUUGUUGUUACGUGCCCAGUUGGGCGAUGUACGUAUAUAACCGAGGGUCCGCAAUGUGAUAAAAAGGACUGAAUGGACAAUGCAGUGCAAGUAGAAUCUCAACAAGCAGUGUACAUACUACAUUCUGAUAGUACAUACAAAAAUGUGUGCUUUAUAGCGCAGGGAAGACUUAGAUACAAGUCCUGACCUGACCGGGACUGACCUCUCACAUGUGGUACAAGACAGCGGAGCAGAAUGCUAGAAUACCAAUGACAAGCCCAAUCAAUGUCGCAUGACAGA